UGCCUUCUCUUGGCAGGUUAUGCCUGGCUGUCAUGCUGGCUGCUCUCCCCACCAUGGCUGCCAAUGAAGUGGUAUCGGCCGCUCUACAGGACUCGUGGGGGGACUUCUGGCUCUUCCGUUUCUUCCUUAAUGCUGCGGGCUAUGCGAGCAUCAUGGUGCCAGGGUUUCUGCUCAUCCUGUACUUCAAGAGAAAGAAUUACUUGGAGACAGGCCGCGGCAUUUGCUUCCCCGUCAUCAAGUCGUGUGUCUUUGGCAGCGAGGCCAAGUCCGCACACCCAGAUGACAUCUCCCUGGCGGCCCGGAAUGAGACCAUGGAGUCCUCCACGGCCCAGCAGAUCCUCAAGCUGCUCUUCUGUGCUGCUGGCCUUCAGGCUUCCUACCUGACGUGGGGCGUCCUCCAGGAGCGGGUCAUGACCCGAACGUAUGGGGCCACCGAGACAGAUCCUGGUGAGAAGUUCAAAGAUUCCCAGUUCCUCGUCUUCAUGAACCGGAUCCUGGCCUUCACCGUAGCCGGCCUGUACUGUGCCCUGACCAAGCAGCCGCGCCACGGCGCCCCCAUGUACAAGUAUUCCUUUGCCUCGCUCUCCAACAUCCUCAGCAGCUGGUGCCAAUAUGAGGCACUCAAGUACAUCAGCUUCCCUACCCAGGUGCUGGCCAAGGCCUCCAAGGUGAUCCCGGUCAUGCUGAUGGGCAAGCUGGUGUCGCGCAAGAGCUACGAGUACUGGGAGUACCUGACGGCGGUGCUUAUCUCGGUGGGGGUUAGCAUGUUCCUGCUCUCCAGCGCCCCCACCAAGCACCUCUCCACCGUCACCACCUUCUCAGGGGUGGUCCUCCUGGCCGGCUACAUCGUCUUCGACAGUUUCACCUCCAACUGGCAGGACGCCCUCUUCACCUACAAGAUGUCCCCGGUGCAGAUGAUGUUUGGGGUGAACGUCUUCUCCUGCCUCUUCACGAUGGGCUCUCUGCUGGAGCAGGGCGCCCUGCUGGAGUCGGCCCGCUUCAUGGCCCGCCACUCUGAGUUCGCGGCCCACGCCAUGCUGCUGUCUAUCUGCUCCGCCUUUGGCCAGCUCUUCAUCUUCUACACCAUCAAUCAGUUUGGGGCAGCCGUCUUCACCAUCAUCAUGACGCUGCGCCAGGCUUUUGCCAUCCUGCUGUCCUGCCUCAUCUACGGGCACGCCAUCACCGUGGUGGGCGGGCUGGGCGUGGCUGUGGUCUUUAUGGCUCUCUUCCUGCGCGUCUAUGCCCGCAGCCGCAUGAAGAAGCGUAGCAAGAAGCUGCCCGCCGGCGAGGUCCCAGUGCAGAAGGUUUAGGGGCCAUGGGACAGACCAUGCCCUCCUCCCCUCUCCCACUGCAGGGCACUUGCUUUAUUUCUCUUCUCUUCGUGAACCUAUUGAGGAGAGGAGGAGAAACAAUGACUCCCUUUGCCAACUGCUUUUCCUGGACAAGGAGCUGGAGUGGGCUUGGAGGAAGCGAGGUGCUUUCCGGGCCUCCACCACACCUUUCUCCUGUUGCCUUAAUAGGUCUGAGUAUUUCACUUCCCUGAGAUCACCCCAGGAACGGAGCAGGGGGCAGGUCUAGUUCCCAGGAGUGCAGCGGGGUUAACUCCUGCCCUAGCUCCAUCUGGUACUCGGGGCUUCUCUUGAAGAUUAUUUAUGAACAAGGGAGCUUUAUUCCCUGGCACUUUCUUGUCUCCAGCUUCACUCCCCAUUUCUUUCCUCACUACAGAGCCGAUAGUAAGAGAACGGCAAGAAAACACUAUCAUUUUUCUUUACAAAUACGUAUGAUUGAGAGAGAAGCUCCAGUCUCAGCCUGCCCCAGCAGCAGGUGGGGCAGGAGCGCGGCAGGAGUGCUGGCUGGACGGGGGGCAGCUCUCAGCUACAUCAGUCCCUGCCUUUCCCAGCAGGAGGCGCUGUAGGGAACGGGGCAGGAGCGUGGGGCCUCCCUAGCCACAUCCCAUACCAGGGCUGGUAAAAGAGCUGCUGCGUAGCAGUCUGAAUUUGUGGCAGGUGCCUCUUGAACAGUAGCCUUGUCCUUGCUGGCUUGGCAGGUCAUGCUCUACGCUGUCCCUGCUGGGAGCCUUCUCCAUUUGUCUCCUGGCCUGGCCCGGCCCUUCUGCUCCAUUCCGUUCGCAUUUUGUGCUGCUUUUCCUUUCUUGUUUACGUUUACUCUUGUCAUAGGUUUGAACUAGAACUCCCAGGAUCCCCUAAGGGCGCUUUCUGCUCGCUGGCUUCGGGGAUUCGUAAUUGGCUCCUGCCCUUUAGAAAAGCACAAAGAUCCCCUUCCUGGAAUAUCCCUCCUUGUUUCUCCUUUUUCCUGCCAGCAGGAGGUGCUAGCACCAGCCCACUCAGCAGCCUAGCUAGGGCUUUGUGGUAUGCAGCGGUCCCGGAGACAGGACAAAGCCCAGCCCAGGUUCCUUUUCCCUGCAUGUGGCUGCUCUCAAUCCUGGAUGCAGGGAGCCACUUGCCCUGGCUCCACCUCGGGAACCUGGGUUUGACCCAGUAACGGUUUUGUUUCCAAACAGACCAGGCCCCCCAUCUGCUAGGGGAAUGGUUUGGGUACUUUUAAAAUGCAACUUGGUCUCUUUUUAUUUUAUUAAAUUAAAAAGCUGCUGC